AUGGCUCAACUCCAGCAAGAAACUAGAACCUUAGCCAUGAGCACCACUCAGUUCCAGCAGGACACAAAAGCAGGCAUGAAGGAUAUGGAGGCUCGAAUAAGCCAAAUGGCAACUGCCAUCAAUCGCUUGGAGUCCCACUCUUAUGGAAAGUUACCCUCACAACCUGAAGUAAAUCCCAGGAAUGUAAGUGCCAUGACACUGAGGAGUGGCAAGGAAUUGGAAGGGCCUAAAGUGGAAAGUUCAAAAAGCAAAAAGAAGACAAAAAAAGUAGAGAAGGAAAAAGAGCUUCUAGAUGUGUUCCGAAAAGUGGAGAUUAACAUCCCUUUACUGGAUGCAAUCAAGCAGAUACCGAAAUAUGCUAAAUUUCUCAAGGAUCUAUGCACCCAUAAGAGGAAACUGAGAGGGGACGAAAGAGUAGCGGUGGGAGAAAAUGUGUCAGCAAUGCUCCAAAGGAAGCUUCCACCCAAGUGUGGAGAUCCAGGUAUGUUCACGAUCCCCUGUAAGAUAGGGAACACACCGAUUAGGAAAGCAAUGUUAGAUUUAGGGGCGUCAAUCAAUGUGAUGCCCAAGACUAUUUUUGCUUCUCUAAAUCUUGGACCACUUAAAGAAACAGCCAUCAUAAUCCAACUAGCUGAUCGUACGAAUGCAUAUCCAGAGGGGCUAGUUGAGGAUGUCUUGGUACAGGUAAAUGAAUUGGUUUUUCCUGCAGAUUUUUAUAUCUUGGACAUGGGAGAUGAGAAAUCAUUAAGCCCAUCACCUAUCUUGUUAGGUAGACCAUUUCUUAGCACUGCCAGGACUAAGAUAGAUGUGAAUGAGGGUACUUUGUCAAUGGAAUUUGAUGGUGAAACUGUGAAUUUCAAUAUUUUUGAGGCGAUGAAGUACCCAGAAGAAUCUAACUCGGUCUUUGCUUUGAGUGUUAUUGAGCCUUUCGUGCAGGAAAUUUUCGAAUUAGAUGGCGAAGACGCUUUGGAAGUGGCUCUAGCCAAGCACUUGGAGUUGGGUGUAACUCAUGAUGUGGACCUAAGGGGAGAUUUGCUCCAUGCAGUGGAAGCCUUACACUCACUUCCACCCGUAUCCCCAAGACUGCUUCCUUCAGUUGUGCAGGCACCAGAUUUAGAAUUAAAGCCUCUGCCAAAGCAUCUUAAGUACGCAUUCCUAGGAGACCGGGAGACACUGCCGGUAAUCAUCUCUGCGCACCUGUCUCCAAGUCAAGAGGAUGGUUUUUCAGGUUACUUUCAGAUCGCGAUCGCACCAGAAGACCAGGAGAAGACUACCUUCACAUGCCCAUUUGGCACGUUUGCCUACCGCCGGAUGCCUUUCGGACUCUGCAAUGCUCCAGCGACCUUUCAAAUGUGCAUGGUAAGUAUUUUCUCCGAGUAUGUAGAGAAAAUAAUUGAGGUAUUCAUGGAUGAUUUCAGUGUGUACGGGGACAGUUUUGAUGAAUGCUUGGAAAAUCUGACUUUAAUUCUGAACUCUGACCAUGCAGCCUUGAGGUACCUGUUGGCGAAAAAGGAUGCCAAACCGCGGCUUGCGUGUGGUGGGCAUUUUGGUCCAAAGCGGACGGCUCGUAAAGUGUUAGAAAGUGGUUUUUAUUGGCCUACUCUGUUUAAGGAUGCAUAUCUGUUUUGCAAAUCUUGUGAUAAGUGUCAAAGGGUGGGGAAUAUCUCUCGAAGAGACCAAAUGAGUCAAACCCCCAUAUUAUUUGUUGAGAUUUUUGAUGUCUGGGGUAUAGAUUUCAUGGGUCCCUUCCCCUCGUCCUUUGGUUUCUUGUACAUUAUACUUGCUGUUGACUAUGUUUCCAAAUGGGUAGAGGCAAAAGCUACCCGGACUAAUGAUUCUAAAGUAGUUGCAGAUUUUGUAAGAUCUAACAUUUUUGUCCGUUUUGGAAUGCCGAGAGCCAUAGUGAGUGACAGGGGCACCCACUUUUGCAAUAAAACGAUCACCGCCUUGUUUCGUAAGUAUGGUGUGCUCCACAAAGUGUCCACUCCCUACCAUCCCCAAACGAAUGGUCAAGCCGAAGUAUCGAAUAGGGAGGUUAAGUCGAUUCUGGAGAAGAUGGUGAGGCCUGAUCGAAAGGAUUGGAGUGUGAAAUUGGAAGAUGCUCUCUAG